AUGGCCGGGCACUUGCGGAGAGAGCUGGGCCGCCCCUACCCCUUCCCCGUCCAGGGCCUUCACCUCAACUACCCCCCCGCCCACGAAACCUCCGGCGUCUUCUUGCCCGACGCCUUCAGCGGGGCAACUCCCGGGCAGGCCUUUGGCUUCAAGCCAGAUUAUGGGUCGCAGGGCGGGAUCGUGGAGCCCUAUCCCGGCGGGGGCGAGGUUUCUCACAGCUGGUACCCCUUUCCGGCUGGGGGGGAGGCCUGGAACCCCCCUCCUGGGGUCGUGAUGGGGCCUUACGCGGUCCCUCAGCCCGGGGAAGCCUGCCAGGGAUCCAAGCCUGACAUCAAAGUGGAGCGUGACUUCGACCAGCCGGGCCCCUAUUACGGAGGAGGGCAGCCUUGGGCAGGAGCGUGCCUGGUCCCUCCCGCCGCGGCCCGGCCUGCCUCUUGCAGCAGCACCAAGGAGGCCGCUUCCCCCAGUCCGGACCCCCAGCCCUCCAGCAGCCCCGCCAGCCAGGUGGAGGAGGCGGACAGCGCCGACAGCAGUCCCCGGAGCGAUGCCAGUCAGAGCCCCAGCGAGCAGAUGGCCUCCGAAGAGGUGAAGGAAGAAGCGGCCAGCGGAGAUGAGGAAACCACCACCUCAGUGGAGUUGGAACAGUUUGCGAAGGAACUGAAGCACAAAAGAAUUACCUUGGGCUUCACUCAGGCAGAUGUGGGACUGGCCCUGGGUUUACUCUAUGGGAAGAUGUUUAGUCAAACCACCAUCUGCCGCUUUGAAGCUUUGCAACUCAGCUUCAAGAAUAUGUGUAAACUGAAGCCCCUCCUUCAGCGUUGGCUUCAAGAGGCUGACAGUAAUGAGAAUUUGCAGGAGCAACUGUGCUCCAUGGAGUCGGCCAUGAUCCAGGCUCGGAAACGCAAGCGUACCAGCAUUGAGAACAACGUGCGGGGUUCACUCGAGUCGUACUUCCUGCGCUGCCCCAAGCCCAACCUGCAGGAGAUCUCGCAGAUUGCUGAUGACCUCAGCCUGGAGAAGGAUGUGGUCCGUGUGUGGUUCUGCAACCGCCGUCAGAAGGGCAAGCGCAACCCAGGACCUGGGCCUCGGGAUGAGUGUGAUGGUCCUGUUCUACCCCAAGUGUGUCCUCAUGGCCCACUCCAAGCUCCUGGGCUUGGCCCUGCCCAUCACCAGCUGCCUCCACCGGCACAGGGCUACAACACAACUGCAUUUGCUGCUGUCUACCUGCCCCAGUUCCAUGAAGGAGAUGCUUUUGUUCCUCCCACCUCAAGCUCAGCAGUGAUGGGCCACCCGAUGCAUUCAAGCUGA